CUUUUCUAUAGACAAAUUCACACCACAGCAAUCACAAUGGCUCCCCCAGCUGUGUUGAUGGUAGGAACAGGCGAGUACACGACCGGCUACGUCGGCGGUACAGCCUCGACCUCCGACAAGAAAGUGGGUGUCGUGGGCCUGACGCUCUUCGACUUGCGUCGUCGCGGCAAAGUCGGCGAUCUGAGCAUGGUGGGCGUAUCUGGAUCCAAAUUUCCCGGAAUCCGCGAACACUUGCAGAAGAAUAUCUCCGAAGUCUACAACGGCCUUGAUGUCUCCUUCACCUCCUUCCCCGCCGACAACACCUCUGACCCAGAAGCCUACAAAGCCGCCAUUGACGCCCUCCCCGCCGGCUCUGCAAUCACCAUUUUCACUCCCGACCCCACCCAUUACCCCAUCGCUUUGUACGCCAUUCAGCGCAAGAUCCACGUUCUCAUCACCAAGCCUGCGACCAAGCUCCUCUCCGACCACCUCGACCUGCUCGCUGAGUCUCGCAAGCACAAUGUCGUUGUGUACAUUGAGCACCACAAGCGCUUCGAUCCCGCCUACAGUGAUGCCCGUGCUAAGGCUGCCAAGCUCGGCGACUUUAACUACUUCUACAGCUACAUGAGUCAGCCCAAGAGCCAGCUGGAAACAUUCAAGGCCUGGGCUGGUAAGGACUCGGAUAUCUCUUACUAUUUGAACAGCCACCAUGUGGACGUUAAUGAGAGCAUGGUGCCGGACUAUGUCCCCGUGAAGGUAACGGCUAGUGCGGCGACGGGAACUGCUGUCGAGCUGGGCUGUGCCCAUGAGACGGAGGACACGAUUACUCUGCUUGUGGAAUGGAAGAAGAAGGAUGGGUCAAGAAUGGCUACGGGUGUUUACACAUCUAGUUGGACGGCGCCACAGAGGGCCGGUGUACACUCUAACCAGUACUUCCAUUAUAUGGGAUCGAAGGGCGAAAUUCGUGUCAACCAGGCUAAGCGUGGCUAUGAUGUUGCCGAGGAUGAGGCUGGAUUGUCUUGGAUUAACCCGUUCUAUAUGAAGUACGCACCCGACGAGGAGGGUAACUUCGGUGGUCAGACUGGCUACGGAUACAUCAGUUUCGAGAAGUUCAUUGAUGCCGUCACGGCUGUUAAUGAGGGGCGGUUGACUCUCGAUCAGCUAGAUGCCAGGCCGAUCCCGACUUUGAAGAACACGAUUGCCACAACGGCAAUCCUGCAUGCAGGACGCAUUUCCUUGGAUGAGAAGCGGUCGGUGGAGAUCGUGACUGAGGAUGGAAAGUGGGAGCUGGAGUAGAUACCUUUAGAGACGCUUGUAUGUAAUUACUUUGUUAUGUAUGGCUGUAUGAACGUUU